AUGGAAAACGAUUCAGUUCACGCUCGCCAAGUACGAGCAAUGGCAAUGCCCAGAUUUCUAUGGCGAGAAAGUCUAUGUAGUUAUGAUAGGCGGAUUCCACAUCAUACUGUUGGCGAUUUAUUAGAUGGGUCAGAUUGGAUAACAGCUCUCACUGAUUCUGAAGUUGCUUCACCUGGACAGUUGAUUCAUUGCUGGAAGUAUCACACAUUACCAGGACUCGGCAUGCCAACAUGGUCAAUGUUCUUGUUAAUUCUUCAGAGGCUACUGAAUGAAGCAUUCAACCAGAGAUCUAAUGUUGAUGAGAGUUUGAGCAACUGGCUGGAACAAAUGUGUAAGAAAUUGCCCACGUUCAAGUUCUGGAAAAUGAUCGCACACUAUGAGAUUCUGAUUCUCAUGUUUGUUAGAGCCCUUAGGGAGAGAAACUUCCCAUUGCAUGUUACUGUAUUAGACGCACUCGUACCAUUGUUCUUUGUGUUAGACCACGUGAACUAUUCUCGGUGACUGCCUGUACACAUCAGAGACAUGAAGGCGCUGCCACAAGAGAUCAAAGAUGAGUUUAAAACUUGGAAUCACUGGACAAUCGCAAAGUUGUCACACAGAUACUCUGCGAUCCCAAUCGACCAAGCGCAUGAGCAGGAGAAUAAAGUGGUGAAAGCAUCCGGUGGUGCAGUAGGGCAGUAGGGCUAACUAAGAAUCCAGUUGCCUUCAGACGCUGGCUAACCGCUGGACCCGAGCUGGCCAGACUUCUGAGUCAGUUAGAGGAUGGAUAUCUUCAUGACGAUGAUCCGCAAACCCCCGCUAACUUCGAACGCCAUGAACAGGGACUUGCAGCACAGAAAACCUUUCAGCGACAAGUUGAUAGCCUAUCUAACACAAUACGCAAGAUGGGAAAUCCCUUCCUGAGUGACUUUCCAGAGUUGGUAACUCUUGCAGUUGUAACUGCGCAAAUGAGGCGGUAG